AGUGGACAGAACUGGAGGCUUCAACUGCGACAACAAGAUUGGAUUCAACCACCUCGGUAGCAAACAUAAAACCGAAACAUUGAAGCGAUUUAGACCAAUCUUGUGUAUAUUAAUCUGUGUUUUUAACAUUCUGUUUACGUAUUUAAUAGUCAACAAACGUAAUUUGCUUGUUAUAUGACUUUUGUUAAUUUGUUACAUUGAUACUGAGUCUAUCAAUAUUCAAGUCGCUAACUAGCUAACGUCCCCGACCAUGAGCUCACUGAACUACUCCUCCCUUGCUAAAGAAGAGGAGGUCUGCUGGACGGAGAAAGAAUCUCUGGGGCUGAACAUUAUCGUAAAAGAAGAAGACGAUGAGAUUCCAGUGGAUGGAGAAGAAGAACCAUUUGGAGUGAAAGAGGAAGAGGGGGAGGUAGAACCGUUUAGAAAUAUUAAGGAGGAAGAGGAGGCUAUCGCAUUGAAAGAAAAGGAGGAUGAUACAGUGAAAGAGGAGGAAGAACCUUUUGGAGUGAAAGAGGAAGAGGAGGCUAUCGCAAUAAAAGAGGAGGAAGACGUUUUGGGAGUGAAAGAGGAGGAGACUGAAGAUGAGACUGACGAUGAGGAGACUGAAUAUGAGAAGACUGAAGAUCUGAAUAACACCAGCUACCAGACUGGAUAAACGUGGUGAGUGAAAAAACUUAAUGAAAUAACCCACUCUCUACCCGGUAUCUUAUUCUGCCUCUAUACAACUUUGUUACAGAUUCCUGUUGGAACGUUCCACAAAUUAUACCCACCUGUAUAUGCAUUUAACACAAAAAAAAACGUGUUAAAUUAGUGAUAUAUAGGACUGGCUUAGUCCGUUCAUAGACGCUAACUAGCCUACAUUUGGUGCCCUCGGCAAAACAGUAUCUUGUUUACGGAGGGAGUUUUGUUACGAGCAACUAUGCUCAGGCUGAACGUUAACACCGACUGUUGUACGGUCCUGGAAACAUAAGCAGCAUAUCUUUUACACCAGCAAGAAUUACUUUAAAAUAAUAAUGUUCUCAAGAAUAUAACCUAACCUUAGACCCCUUUUCUUGAAUUACUUCAUUUAUUAAUAAGACGGGUCUAAUGACAUUGUACAACGAUUCGCAUUCGAGGUAACUCACGUUUAAAAUCUGUAUCUGUGUAGCCACACUCGUCCCACUUUAGAAUUAGUAUCCAUCGUCAGUUCAGUUCUACUUAAAAGGUUGUUACCUUUUUUAAUUUUUUUAAUUUUUUAUUUCACCUUUAUU